AUGGCCCCGGCUCGCCGCCGCCGCCUCCCCGCGCCGCCCGCCGCCCCCCACCCUCGCUCGGCUCCCGGAGGCCGGAGGACCGCGGGGCUGACCACACGCGCGCCGGCCGCCCCGGCCCCGGCCCCGGCCCCGCGCCUGCGCCUGACCGCGGUCGGUUCGCCCCCCGCAGUCCACCUGCCCGCCGCCUGCGCCCGGCGGGCCUCCCACCCCGGGCCCUCCGGAAGCACGCCCGCUGUUCGCGCAGACUUUCAGGGUCCUCCCGGGCCCGGCGCAGACCGUUCCUUCGUCCACCGCUCCGGAACGGCCCCGGCGUCUCCGCCCCGCCUCGCGCUGGCUAGUUCCCAUUCCUUCGCCAAACCCGCCGACGCCACCGCUGGGUUCUUCUGUCCUGAACUCGGCUACAACAGACACGAUUUUGAGGGCUCGGUUCCCAGGCCCUGUUCCCGGUGGGGAAAAAGGUUCGUCGCCCAUCUCGCCCUCCUCCAUGACCCCUCCCCAAUAGAAAUUCAGGCAAGGGGUGCGGGGCCCCGCUGGGAGUUUCCGACGGCCGUUCACCCGCUUAGGAUGAGCCCGCCUCACUGCGGGCCGCCCUGCUCCUCUCCCACCUCCCGGGGGGUGCCUUGGCGACCUGAAGGUGCGGGCGUCCAGAGCUGCCAAAGCCCGGCUGCUUCCCCGCGCUCCCUUGCUCGCCCACGAGGGUCCCUCCGGCUCCCCGCGCCGCCGCCCGCUCUGGUCCCGCCACCCGCGUUUCAGCUUAGAUGAGGGGUCAGGCUGCGGGCUCGGUGACAUUAGCAGGUGUGAUGACAAAAAGCAAAUAAAUAUGUCUAAGAGCUUAAAACUUCCCCAGGCCAGUCUCCAUCUCCACACGCGCGGGGCUGCCGGCUCGCAGAGAUAACGGGUGUGUCUGGGGGAAUGUACGGGAUCGCACCUGCGGGGUGGUUCAGAGAUUCUGGGGGAUACGCACAAAAGAGUUCCCGCUCCUUGUGCACACGCCUGAGAUUUGCCUUCGCUGGAUGGUUCGAAUGGGAUAGAAGAAGAGAAAUGAGGGAAAGAAACGGAGUAGCAGAAAAGAGCCGGGCCUCCCUCCCAUCCGCGCGGCGAUUCUGCAUUUCAGUGAGUUUAGGAGAGACCCUCCCGGAAGCUGAAUCCUAGGUCGUUCACUAGAAGUUGGGGGAAGUGGCGAGUUUAGCAGGCUGCGAAGAAGCGUGUGUGACGCAUUUAACACCUCCGCUCCCCCUAAUUGCCGAACAUCUCUAAACUCCAAGGACUUGUUCGGGGCCCUUUUGUCUCCUCGGUUCCAAUCCGGGCUUCUUCACGUUGGCAGGAAAAUUCAAAUUGCAGCUUCGCUGUUACAUGUGAAGGACGCUGACGUGUAGCAGGCGCAUCUCGGUGCCACCUGAACAGUUAAAAAUUAGUUUCAUAAUGGACAUUGACAUCGAGGGAAGGAGGACCUGCCCCUUCUAGAAUUAGCCUUUGGAGGAGGGAGGGUUACGCCGAGGUUGCUCUGAAUCCCGAUGCAGCUGCCUCCUGGCCUGCUGUGCGCCGGGGUCUCUGGAGACUCCCUUUCCAGGUGCUUUGCAGGCCAAGUCACUGGUGGGUUGGAGAAGCACCGACAGGAGACUCAGUACUUGCUGGUGGCCAAGGACACUAGACAGGGGCGAGGGUGGUGGUGAAGCCCCAUGAUCUGAACACUUAAUUCGUGUCCAGCCAGCCCCCCAGUCCGGCAGCCUGACGGUCUUAGCCCCCUUGGACGAGGCUUUAAGCAGACUUCAGCCUGGAGGAGACUGAAGUGGUCUUCCUCAACACCUCAACGUUUGGUGAAUUCGGUCUUUAAGCUGUUUUUUGCACUGCUAGCGGUGCGCGGAGAUGAACGCAGCGAUUACGGAUGCUUUGUUUUCCGAGUGCGGGAAAUGCCUUCGGCCCGGAGUUUUGCAACAGGCAAUCGUGCCCGGCUGCCCCCUCCCCCAUCAGCCCUGUCGCCUCCUGCUCUUCCCUGACUCCUCCCUCCUACGGCCCAGUGAAGUGUAAACAGCUUGUUAUGUAAAUUGCAAAUCGAACAGCAGUGGUGUUCUCCGCUCUCCGCUUUGGGUAUAAAAGUUGCCGUUGUGAAAUUAGUAUCUGGCAUGCAAAAAAAAA